GGGCGGGGCGGGGCUGGAGGGUGGCGGGGCGGUGCGCAGUUGUCAAGCUUGCGCCGGGAGACUUGUCUUUGCACUGUGGCUGCCGCCUUUGCCUACAAAAGCGAACAGGAGACCCAAGCUUCUUGGUACAGACUGUAGUCCCGGAGCCUUCCCCGUGUCCGCUUGGCCCCCGUCGGGCCAAGUCCCGGAGCUGCCACCUGCAGCCAGGCCGCCAGCCAUGCCAGCCGCGCCCGCCCUGCGCCCGCCGCCACCGCCCGCGACCCCGGCCCCUCCGGCACCCACCCGCCCUGCGCCUCCAACUCCGGUCUGUCUGCAGGGACAUCAGGAUGCUCACCUGUUUAUCACCAGCUCUGGGAACAGGAUGUGACUGUGUUUUGCCCUGUGGGAUGCUGACUGACUUUACAGCUAGGGCAAAGGCCACCGAGGACCAUGUGACCAGUCUCUAAAAUGUUUAAGCUCGAAGAUUUCUGAGCGAAAGCUGCAAGGCUCCUGGCUACCUGCUGGGCGAGGACCUCUGGAGAAACCUGUCCUGGGGCCCCGCGGUGCCAUCAUGCCCCUGUUCAGUCCUCAGAGUGGCCUUCACUCAGUCCGUGCUGAGCACAGCCCGCUGAAGCCCAGGGUGGUGACGGUGGUGAAGCUGGGUGGGCAGCCCCUCCGCAAGGCCACCCUGCUCCUCAACAGGCGGUCGGUGCAGACCUUUGAGCAGCUCCUAGCAGACAUCUCGGAAGCCCUGGGCUCUCCACGAUGGAAGAAUGACCGUGUGCGGAAGCUCUUCACCCUGAAGGGCCGGGAAGUCAAGAGCGUGUCGGACUUCUUCAGGGAGGGCGAUGCUUUCAUAGCUAUGGGCAAGGAGCCUCUCACCCUGAAGAGCAUCCAGUUGGCUAUGGAGGAGCUGUAUCCCAAGAACCGGGCCCUGGCCCUGGCCCCACACAGCAGAGCCCCCUCCCCAAGGCUGAGGAGCAGACUUCCCAGCAAGCUUCUGAAAGGAGGCCACCACUGUGGGGAGGUGGGAAACUGCAAUGAGGUUAUGGGAAACAGGGCAGUCACCAGGCAUCAGGGCAAGACCCCUACGGAGCUGGCCCUGGAAGGCAAGGUGAGGGCCCAGCAGUGGGUAAGAGGGAAACAGGAGCCAGAACCUGGUGCCCUGCCACCACCCACGGAAGCCACUUUGGAGGAGACUCAUGCAGGUGGGGAGAAGCAUCUGGGGCUGGAGAUUGAAAAGACUUCGGGGGAGAUUGUCAGGUGCGAGAAGUAUAAGCGAGAAAGAGAGCUGCAGCUGGGCCUGCAGAGGGAGCCUUGCCCUCUGGGGAUCAGUGAGCUGGACCUGGGGAGGGGUCAGAAGUGGGAUUCCGAGAAGCUGGUGAGGACCAAGAGCUGCAGGAGGGCUUCCGAGGCAAACUCCACGGAUGGAGAGGAAGGGUGGAAGGGCGAGAACCAUCGGAGCAGCCCCAGGAAUCCCCCUCAGGAGCUGAGGAGACCCAGCAACCACUCUGACAAGAAAGAGAACAGAUGCUCCGAACCUCAGGAAAGUCACCCUCAAGGAACAGCUAGGACCCAGAAGGACCUCACAGAAGGUCCACCAGCAGUACAGGACGGGCUGGUGGAUACGAAGAAAGACUCCAGGCACACAUGCAGGAACAAACAUGGGGCCUGGCUCCUGAGGGAACACCUGGCUGAACCCCCACAGCUCCCCAGGACCCAAGGGGAGGAGAAGGAAGCGGACCACGGGAAGAAGCCGGGUAUGUCAGGAGGAAGGAGGACGGUGCUAGAAAAGGAGCCAAAGACGAAGCUGGAAGAGAAUAAGCCAGACCGGCCCAGUGGCCGGAAGCUGCGGCCGCUGGGCAUCAUCUCAGCUGAUGUGGAGAAGCACUAUGACAUCGGGAGGGUCAUUGGGGACGGGAACUUUGCCGUCGUGAAAGAGUGCAAACACCGCGAGACCAAGCAAGCUUUCGCGAUGAAGAUUAUUGACAAGUCCAAGUUGAAGGGUAAGGAGGACAUAGUUGACAGUGAGAUCUUAAUCAUUCAGAGUCUCUCUCAUCCCAACAUAGUGAAACUGCACGAGGUCUAUGAAACGGAAGCUGAGAUCUUCCUGAUCAUGGAGUAUGUUCAGGGAGGGGACCUUUUUGAUGCCAUCAUCGAAAGGGUCAAGUUUCCAGAGCACAAUGCUGCACUCAUGAUCACAGACUUGUGUAAGGCCCUCGUUCACAUGCACGACAAGAAGAUUGUCCACCGGGAUCUGAAACCGGAAAACCUUCUGGUUCAGCGAAAUGAAGACAAGACUACCACCUUGAAGCUGGCUGAUUUUGGUCUGGCUAAACACGUGGUGAGGCCUAUAUUUACUGUGUGUGGGACGCCCACAUAUGUAGCUCCUGAAAUUCUUUCUGAGAAAGGUUAUGGCCUAGAGGUAGACAUGUGGGCUGCCGGUGUGAUCCUCUACAUCCUCUUGUGUGGCUUCCCGCCUUUCCGAAGUCCCGAGAGGGACCAGGAUGAGCUCUUCAACAUCAUCCAACUGGGCCAGUUCGAGUUCCUCGCUCCUUACUGGGACAGCAUCUCUGAUGCUGCCAAAGAUCUGGUGAGACAUUUGCUGGUGGUGGACCCCAAGAAGCGGUACACAGCCCACCAGGUCCUUCAGCAUCCCUGGAUUGAGAUGGCUGGACACAGCACAGUGAACCCACAGAAGGACGAGUCCCCCAGCAGCGAGGGUCGCUUCCAGAGCCAACACAGGAAGGUUGCAGGGCAGGUGUCAUAGUCCUGUCUGGGGCACCAGGCCAACCUUCUCUCCUUGAUGACACAGAAGAGGGCGGGCGUCUACAAGAAGACCAUGCAAGCUCCCUCUCCUAGACUAGAGAAAGAGAAGAGACACCUGGCAUAUUUUAAAGAGUGGUUUAAAAGCAAGUCCUACUGUUAAUUGCUGUAUGAUAUUUUUAGAUUUGUAUAUCUAAAAUCUUUAAUACUUUUUGGGUAAGAAUUGCCAUGAGUGAAGAAUUUUGAUAAUAACAAUGAGUCCUGUUUUCUCCUUGUAGUCAAGUUCAUAGCGGGCUACCUGAGUGUGCUUUCCAUUGUGAGAGCUCCCCCCAUAUGACGAAUAAGGCAAAUCCUGGCUUUUCUACUUCAAUAAAGCGUACUCUGAGGAAUAGAGAAAGAACUGCCCUGUUCAGUAGUGGUGGUGGUGGUGGUGGGGAGAGAGCUGGGGAAUAGAGUCCAACACAGCUGUGUUUUAACCUUUGACAGUUGUGGGAAAAUCUUGUUUUCGUCUCGGAACAGCAGAGACCAGUCAGUAAGUGUGGUUCUAUGAGCUGAAAUUCCAUGAAAAAAAAAAAAACCCAGCACUUUUUUGGGAAGCAUCUGCAGGCUGAUUGGUUAGAAUUUCAUGAUUAUGGAGAAUUGGAAUGUACAGACUAAGAGCCAAAAAUUAUCUUGGGUUAUCUUUAUUCCCCUUAAUAGUUAUGUGUCACCAAAUUGUAUAUCUGACCUAACAGAUAAAGCUGUUAGAAAGUACUAACUCAACCUACUGCGAGCUUCUAACUCCCAAACUAAGAUGGAACAGCAUCCAGAGCCCACCAAAAAGACAUCCCUGCCUUGCCAUCAGCCACCUACCUAAUUCUAUCACCAGUAUAUUUGGUAAAUUUAUUGAUUUGUGACUUUGUUUUAUUUGGUGAUAAUAAAAAAAAUCAUGUAACAAUUUCCAGGAUGGUUUAUCAUUUAGGGCAACAUGAAUGUGUGUUACCAGGCCGUGAUCACUCAUGUUUGGCUCAGAAUAAAUAAUUUCUUAUUCUUUUUGGAGCAAGAGCUGUAUGUUUUUCUUGUUGACAAUACCCACCCUGCUCUUGUCCCUCCCUUCUGCUCUUGUUGCAUUCCUUUCACUGAGGAGCUGAAGCAUUGAUUCCCCUCUAGGGAUGGAGAGGAGGAGGAACUGGGCGAGGAGAAACCAGGAAUUACUACCCCAUUACCAGAGAGGCACAGGCUGGCCCUGAAGGCCCUGAAGUUCUAGAACCCAUGUUUCCUGUAUCAUGAAGAUGACCAGGCUGCGGUCUGUGACGUGGGUAAUUGCAGAUAGAGGUAAUGGGCCUCACCUCAGUCACACACAGCAGGUGGUGUGUGUUCCCGUGUGUGCUGGCGCACAAGUAUGUGGGGGCCGAGGGCACCCUUAGGUGCUGUUUCUCAUCCAUCCUGUGUUUUGAGACACUGGCCCAGAAAUCACCAAAGAGGGUAGGCUGGCUAGUCAGUGAGCCCCAGGCAGUGAGAUCACAACACUCCAUCGCCCAGCUUUCACACAGGCAUUGAGGUUAGGAUCUCAGGCUUGCAAGGUAAGGGCCUUACAGAUUGAGUCAUCAUCUCGGGUCACCUGCUGGAUUACACUGAACCCUAUGGUGGCAGAGGCGUGGUCAAAAGACUUGAAAAAUCACAACAGAGGAGACUUUGGCACACAGCACAGACGUAUAUCGUCUCUGCACCCCUGUGGGGCUCAGCUCUUCCCAGCUGUGGUCCCUGGCUGGUCCUUACUUUUGUACUCUUUCAGAAAAGAAGCAAAAACUUUUUUUUUUUUUGAGACAGGGUUUCUCUGUAGCUUUGGAGCCUGUGAAUCUGUUUCUAUCAGCAAACACCCGAAGUCAAACCUUCAGCUGUAGACGCAAGUUUCUGUCCUACCCGGUUCUGCAGCUGUUCAGUUCCAAAUAAACACACAAAGGCUUAUAUUAAUCAUAAACUUUUUGUUUUAUUAGCUCAGGUUUAUUAUUAAUUAGCUCUUA